CCAAGAAUGGCGCCGCAGCAGGACAAGGAGACCACUGAACAUCGGCAGCAGGCCGACCCUGCGUGGUGGUGGCGUAGCGCCUGCGGUCGCCCGGAUGCCACGCGUGCCGUCACCUGCAACGAGACGGAGCUGCUGAGCGCUGCCGUUCUCUGCGCCGCGCUGUCUGCGACUAGAGCAACGCCGUCCUCCUCUGACGCGCUGGCUAACGCCCGUGCCGCGCGUGAGCUGGAGCUGCAUGUGCGCAAGUCGCCGCUGCCGCACAGCCUGCAGCUGCCGGUGCUGGAGUUCACGACCGACUACGUGCUUGUGGAGUCAGAGGGAGCUGUCAUCUGCGCCAUGCGAGCCACGAGCCCCAGCGAUAUUGUACAGGCCGUGGUCGGCUCGGCCGUGCCGCUCUCGCAGCCGUACGUGCACCGAUUCGGAGGGUCUCGCGUGCACGCGCCGUUCUGGAAGCGCGCCCAGCGACUGGACCUGGUGAAGCUCUAUGGACGAGCACAGCGAGCGGAUAAGGUUCUGCUGCUCUGUGGACAUUCUAUUGGCGGCAGUAUCGCCAAGCUCGCGUUCUGCGAGCUGCAACCGAAAGCCGACAGCAAGGAGCACAGCCACAAGGAAAGGCAUUUCCGGAAGCACAAGAAAGAAAAGAACGAGCCCACCGGCUGGAUGAAGAAAGUCGGGAAUAAUGAUCGCGAUAGUGCGCUCCAAAACCUUCCGAUGGUCAUGGCGAUCGGCUUCGGCGCACCGUAUGCUGGCAACGAUGGUUUGGCAGCAUUCUUGGAGCCCUUAGGCAUGGGUGACCGCGUGGUGAACUUCGUUAACGAAUUCGACUGCAUUCCUGGAAUUUUGAAUAUCGCGCACUCGGCUGCUAUGCUCGCCAAAACAACAGAGCGACUGGUGACUAUCGCAAAGGCAACAAAAGCGCUGCUCAACCUGCUACCAGCACCAAUGCAGCAGCGCCUUCACAUGAUGAGUGCUUAUGUUGACGCUAUCGCGCGCCGAUCUAGGUCAAUCCAGAUCAAUGCGACAAUGAACCAUUACGAGCGCCUGGGGGUUGCUCGAAAUGCAAGUGACCGGGAAAUUCGCAGAUCGUACAGAUCUCUAGCGUUGCGGUGGCACCCAGACCGGGCUAGACACGGAUCGCUCACAGAUCAGCAAAAGGAAGUGGCGGAAGAUAUUUUCAAGCUACUGGCCGAGUCUUACGAAGUGCUUUCGAACAAAGAGAGUCGCCAUGCCUAUGAUGCGUACUUGAACCGACCGCCCAGUCGGAGAGAAGAGUUCAUGCAGUAUGGCACGGUGGACGGCAUAACUCUAGACGAGGCGAUUUCCACGUUCAAAGAUGCCGUGGACAAUAUUUCGAGUACAUUGCACCGCGUGACGGAUCGUUUCAGCUCGUCAAGUUCCACCACGGUUGGACAUCCACUUCAACACAAUGGUGGCAAGCCACAAGCAUCGCCUGCUGCAUCCAGUGGGCACACCGUGCCCUCAGGUGGAGGACAACCAUCAACUACAAGCCUCCCAGCUAACAAUGCCCCAAGUGGAGUUUCCGAUUCUACGGGCUCGACUCAACAUGUAUCUAGCACUGGCGUCGCAACAACCACAGCUGCAGCUCCUGCGUCGACAGCAGGGGUUUCUACUUCUACUUCUUCGGAGACUUCUGCGGCUCUGGGGAACACUGGGAAUAGUGUGGUAGGCAAUAAUGUUGAAAGCCCCACUCAAGCAAUUGACACCCGCAGCAGCAGUGGCAGUAUCAGUUCCAAGUCGACAAGCACAAGUUUGAAGACCGUCUCAGUUGUUGGGGGUGCCGUGGCAGUUGCAGCUAGUGUGGCGAUAAUCGUGAGCGCUUGGUCACAGUUUUCUGAAGCUUCUCGAAAGAAACGGCAGGCUGCAGCUGUGCGUGACAUGUCGGGUGAUUGCUUGGUGCUGCUUUUGGAAGAUCGCAAGACCGUUCAACAGCGUCAGAUCCGAACACCCAGCAUUGAAGCGCUACAGCAAUCCAAGGCCCGACAGAUCAAGGCGUUUGCCAUUGCUACCUCAGCCCAUUGCGGGAAGAAUGAGCCUGGUGAUAGCGGGCUGUAUCUUACCAAAGAGGCCCAACAAGCCAUUGUUGAGUUGACUCGUGAAGAUCAGGAGCAAGAUCAAGAUGACAAGCUUAUUGAAGUGUUUUUCGACUGCUCUGCUGAAGACGAAGACGCGGCAGUUGAGGCGAUAGCCGAAGAAGAAUUCUUCGAUUGCGUGGAGCUAACCCAGGAAGUGGAGCAGAACUUCGCGAAGAAACACGAAAAACUGUUUCAUCCGCACGGAAAGGCGAAGAUUCGGGUGAUGUUCCCGCGAGGUUCAAAGGUAAACACUCCAUUCGGCCUUGGGGUAGUCGAGGAUUGGCGAGAAGACACUGCAGUAGCAGCAAUUCGUUUCGACAACGACUCUCUUCGCUAUGUUGAUAAGAAGGAAAUCACUCGCGGUGCAUCGAUGGCUCUCGAGUUGGCGAAUGCUAUUGUAGAGGAAAGUCGAGCGCAAUUAGCAGAACGCGUGAUCACAAAUUAUGGCCUGGAGGAAAGUAAAACCGGAGACCAGAUCACGAAUGUGGCGCUGGCUGGUGCUGAGGGAGCUGUAGAUAGCGGGCUUCGUGCAGCCGGCGGGCUGGCUCUAGCCAACGGUGUUGCAAGAUCCGGAACUGCUCUCGGCGGCAUGGUAGCAGCUCCUUUAGCUGUGGCGUCCAUCCUUGUCGACAUCGGAAAAGAAUUUUACGACUACCGCAAGAAACACACCGAGCGAAAGGAGCUUGGGGUAUUGUCAUCGACAAGUGAGCGGCUGAUGCGACGGGAUUUUCGCUUGAAGACUGGGGAGGUAGUUGUAAGCCGCACAACGGCUGCAGCAGGUGCCGGACUAGGUGCGUACGGGGUGGCGUCUGCGAUGACACUAUGGGCAGCUGCCGGUGUUGCCACGGGGCCAAUUGGAAUAGUGGCGGCGACAAGUGCAGCCGUUGUAGGUGGCGUUGCAGGCUACUUCGGUGGUGCCAAGGUGUAUUCGUUGUCAACUGCUUCGUACUUCAAGAGCCAGAAGCACGCAAAGGAGCAUAUCGACCGGCUUGAGCUGGGUGCACGUGUGUUGUUUGAGGAGCACGACCCCGCAGGAACUGGAGAGAUCUCCAAGGAAGCCUGUCUCUCCAUCAUGGAAAAGCUGUACGAAAUAUCGGGAGACACUUCAGACUUCGCGUACGAAGCUUCCGUUGAAGCGAUAAAGGAUCCCAGUUUUGAAGGACCGGUGACGUGGCGUAUGUUUUGGAUCUGGGUGAGCACGGAGGCAGCUCGAUCCCUAAAAAGUCUCGAAAGUCAGGCAUCUAACCCGACUCACCACGGCGGAUCUGAAGGGGAAAGGAAGCGCGAUAAAGUCAUUCGAAAACUUCGGGAAGCGAAACAAAAGCAUCACGACAAGCACCACCCCAGCGACAAGGACGAUGCGAAUACCAGCCCGAAGGGGGCGAAUUUCGAAGAGGUGGAGAAAGAUAUUCACGCCCGAGCUGCCUUUGUUCCUAUCCUCCCUGGCGAAGAAGACAACCUUGAUGAAGUGAAGGCGACGGUCGAGGCUCUCGUCCAUAGUCGUCACCUGACGGCGGGCCAGGCAUUUUCGCUGUGCUCCCAGCUGGACUCGAGCGACCCUGUCGAGCAAGUAUCAGCUCGAGAGAUCAUCGCAGCUCUUCAGGCGGAGCUUGCUGACGCGGAGCCUGAAUCUGAAAGCUCCGACAACUACGAAGAGCUGUCUCCUGUUGCCAAGAGCAACGUGAAGACGGAGGAUGAAAGCGCCACAGGGAAUCCAGCUCCGCUCUCAGUCACAGUCAAGGGUACGCAGGUUAUGUCGUCGCAGUCGGCAACCUUGACAAAGUUGCCACCGUUAGCACCUCCCUCUGGUGAUCAGAAGAAGAAAGGAUCGAAGCCACCGCAGGUCGACCCGCGACUGGAUGUCAUGUGCUCUCUUAUGUCCACCGACGGUCUCAAGAAGUUCCUGGAGACGCAGUACAUCGUUCCUGAAGACGAAGCGAUGACACACCAUGAGGACUUGCAUUGUCUUGCGCUCGCUUCAGCAGUGCCACCGGCUUCGUCAAGCAAUGACCGAGAGAAGAAGGCUUCACAGUAA